UCGACUCGGUCCCUAACAGCUGCGCUCUUUCCUCAGAAUCCAGGAAGUCAGCUGGUCUCGGCAUUUGAAGGUGGUCUCUGGUGAUUCUGAUCAUGGACUCCCUCAUCUCGCCAUACUAAUGAAAAAGUCUAAAAAAAGCCAGGGGAAAAAAAGGCGAAUGGGUCAAAUUCAGCACAAGCGGCAUGAAGGACUGGACACCUUUGACCCCGAGACAGGAAUGGACUUGUCCGUGGCCCCGGAAGAGAUCCUGGUGCUGAUUCUCAGCCACCUGCCGGCAAAGACCCUGCUGAGCGACUGCCAGCACGUGUGCAGACGGUGGCGGGCCAUCGUUCAGAGCCAGGCCUUCUGGAGGUUCAAGUGCCAGGGGGAAAGGAACGCCAUCACCUUCUACAUCGGAUACCUCCCAACCAACUUCGACUGGAGGCGUUUCUACCUGAAACAGCCGUUCAACAGGAACCUCAUCCGAAACCCCUGCGGCGCAGAGCGCCUGCAGCACUGGAACGUUCAUAACGGGGGAGACGGCUGGAUCGUGAGAACCUUCGACCACGAGGACCUGACGGGAAUCAAGUCCACAUUCGUGUCUUCGUACUACUGGUGUGAAAAAUCCCAGACCAUUGACCUGCUAAAAGAAGGGUUUUGGGAGAAGAUUCUGGACGAAUACCAGCCCGAGAUUACAGUGAAUGACUGGUUUUCAGCACACAGAGACUGUGGAGGGGAGUACCAGAUGUUUGUUCAACUCCUGGGAGCCAACAAGCACAAGAUCAUCAAGGAAUACACUACAGACCUCAGAACUAUACCUGUUCUGCCUUUUCAACAGUGGGACCAGAUCACCUACAUUUUCCGAAACUACGGACCCGGAGUGCGAUAUGUGAAGUUCAAACAUAUUGGGAAAGAUAUCUUGUUUUGGAAAGGUCACUAUGGAGCUUGGGUCACGAACACUUCGGUCACCAUCAGGCUAAAAAGUCCAGAGAAGUGACUCUUCAACAGCCACUUUCAGAAAUCCAGUUCUCCCAUCAUUCAUCGGCUGCUCCUUUGUGCUCCAGAGCAGGCCAGCAGGCCAGGACACCACUAUCCCAGCAUCCUUGGCUUGGCUUCAUUCCUGUCCUUCCAGUGCAGCUGGACAAUACAGUAACUUGUUCUCAUUCCAGGACAUUGGAAGGGAUACUUGAUUUUCUUUCGACAGUGGUCAGGCAGUAGGAUUCCUUCAUUUUGUCAACCAGUAAGGCUUUUGUUUUUAUUGCAUCUAAAAACAUAUCUGUGCAAUAUACGUGUGUUUAAAUUUGAGUGCCGCUAAAAUAAAAAAAUACUUUACAUUUUUA